GGCUGUGCGGCUGCUGCGGCGCGCUGCGGCCCCGCUACAAGCGCCUGGUGGACAACAUCUACCCCGAGGACCCCGAGGAGGGCCUGGUGAAGUCCAACAUGGAGAAGCUGACGUUCUACGCGCUCUCGGCGCCGGAGAAGCUCGACCGCAUCGGCGCCUACCUGUCCGAGCGCCUGACGCGCGACGUCGGCCGCCACCGAUACGGGUCGGUGCGGGUGGCCAUGGAGGCGCUGGACCAGCUGCUGCUGGCGUGCCACUGCCAGAGCAUCAACCUGUUCGUGGAGAGCUUCCUGACCAUGGUGGCCAAGCUGCUCGAGUCCGACAAGCCCGACCUGCAGAUCCUGGGCACCAACUCC